AUGCCGUUUGUGAAGAUGGAAUCGUCGUUUCUUCCUUCUCCAUCACCGACGAGAAGUACCUCCGCUUCGACUUCUUCCCCAACAUCGCCACCAACAGCAACAACGGUCAUGAUCAUCAAUGAUCUGAUUCUACGUGUAAAAUUGAAUUAUCCUUACAAGGAGAUUCGUGAUUUUUACAAUGAAUUAUCAACGCCAAAUGAAGAUAAGGCUAUUGGUAAUCCAACGUUAUCUAUAUUACAACUCUACGCAUUACACGCACUCAACACUCCCGUCGAUAUGAGUAAUCAGAGUGUACGUACCGUUUAUCGGCCGAUAUUGAACAUACAUCGGAACGAUGAAUUUAGUCCAUUUAAGCAUAAUUUUCUUUUGAAUUUACUCGAUAUCGAAUAUACUAUUGAUGGAGAAAAUGGUGGUCAAUUUCCAGUACUAUGGAAAACAACAUUUGACACUAAUGUGACUGUUCGGUUGAUCGAAUCGAACAGUACCGACAAUUGCCAAACGACAUCGGCAGCAAAUGUCAAUAAAUACAAUAGUCCUACGACAUUAUUAGACUUAUUUAAGACGAUUUGUCGAGAACAGAAGUACGACGAAUCACAUGCAACUCUGUGGGAACAUAGUUUCAAAGCUGAACAUAUCAAUACACUCAAUCACUUACGAAGCGUGACAAAGAGUAGUUGGGAGAAACUCUCGAGAGUUCCCGAAGUUGUGAAACAAUUAAUCAAGAAUUACAUUGAAAUGAAUGUAGAUACUGCUGUCAGUGGAUUGAAUCCGCGAGCGAGUGAUCCAUAUCAACAUUCGAAAGCAACAUUAUUUGCUGAUAUUCAUCGAGUUCGUCGAUACUUUUAUUAUGCCAUACAAAAACUUCAUUUACUUGCAUAUCUCUCACGGCAGGCAGUGACUUUAGCAAUUGAAGAGGUUAAAAAAACAUAUGACGACGACGGGAAUAUUUUGAUUAACAUCCAAAACUAUCUCAAUACAUUCUGUUUAGAAAAUCGACUCGAAGACGUAGCUUCGUAUGAACAGAAGAAGGCUGACUGGCAACGCGAAUUAGAUAGAUUAACGCAGGCUGAGUUGAACAAUGAAGACAAGGUAACGAAAUUAAAAGCCGAAGUUCAGAAAGCUGAGGAAAAAUGGAAACAAUCGGAAGAACGUAGAGAACGUGUAUGUCACAGUACGAAUGAGGAACUGUUGAAUAAACAAAUUCAGACGAUAUUGCAAAGGAGAACUAUGAACGAACGUGAAAGACAAGCGAAUAUACAAGAAGCAAAUCGAAUUAGAGCUGAUCAUGAACAGAAGAGACGAGAAGCAGAUGAGAACGCCAGACGAGAUUUCAACGAAUACAAUGAAAAGAAAGAAGAGCACUGGAAUUUAAUUGCGCAAAUACCAAGUGAAAAGGCUCAAAUUGAACAUCUACAAAGUUUAAUUGACAUGAAAUUCGAAGAAGCAGAGAAGAAAUUGAUGGUCAAAUAUGGACGAGGAUUGUUACUCUACGGACCACCUGGCACAGGCAUGUCGUUCUUAUAG